AUGUACAAUACCAUGGUCAGUAUAGCGGACAGUAACGGAGGUGGUUCUGAUAUGGGCAAUGGAUCAUGGUCUGGCGGAAUUGGUCUCUUAGUUAAUAAGCUAGCCGAUUUCUACUUAACAACAUUCAUAUAUACUCCCAAAAGGGCGCCAUUGGUUGACUGGGUUUAUAUGCAAUCAUGUGAGACGUUCCCCGCCCAUAGGCUAAAGUUAAUAAAAUUCACGGAUACUUACAAAAUGGACACAAUUGAUAGUCUAGUGCAGCGCCGGUACGUAUUGGUGAGCGCCAAACAAGAGAUCGAUAAUCUGCUCAAUCAUUACAAUGAAUAUGAUUUGACCGAAACGGCCGGCAAUGAGAGUCCGUAUUAUUAUAGCUUUAUAUUACAAAAAGGCAUUAAUCCAGACCUUAGGACCAGAUUAGUAAAAAUAAUUAGGAUCAGUAUAGCCGAUAGUAACCGAGGUGGCGCCAACAUGGGAAACGGAUCAUGGUCAGGCGCCAUUGGCCUAUUAGUUAAUAAGAUGGCAGAUUUGUAUUUAACUGCAUUUGUAUACAACACCGAAAGGGCGCCGUUGAUUGACUGGGUGUAUAUGGAGUCGUGUCAAACAUCUGUAGCCAUACUGAGUUGUCCCCGGGAUAUGAAAAUUCUGGUUAUCAACAAUUCAAACGCUCAUCAAUUGCUAAUAAACGUAACAUUCCCCGCCCAUAGGCUGCAGUUAAUAAAAUUCACGGACGCAUACAUUAUGGACACAAUUGAUAGUCUAGUGCAGCGCCGGUACGUAUUAGUGAGCGCUAAGACAGAGAUCGAUAAUCUACUCAACCAUUACAAUGAAUACGGUUUGACCGAAACGGCCGGCAAUGAGAGUCCGUAUUAUUAUAGCUUUAUAUUACGAAAAGGCAUUAAUCCAGACCUUAGGACCAGAUUAAUGAAAAUAAAUAAUGGUACCAAUAAUUUGGCCAAAACAAAUCAUUACAAACGUGAUAAACCUAUUGACGACGACAAUGGCUACCGAUACCAGGUGAAUUUUAUGGAUGCGGAGAAGUCAGGGCAAGGGGGUCGCAUGGUCACCAUUAGUAUAGCUGAUGAUAACAGCGGUGGUAUGGUUUGGCCAAACGGGUCGUCAAGCGGUGCCGUCGGUCUACUAUACAAACAGAGGGCCGAUUUUCUUAUGGCUACAUUCAUAUACGACAAGAUUAGGGCCAAAGUAUUGGAUUAUGGGAUCGACUUUGACGGCAAACAUGUGCUGAUAAAUACUUAUCAGGGCAUCGAUAGGAUCUAUAACUUUUAUAAAAAUUAA